AUGCUCAUUGCACCCGUCCAGCUGUGCGCAAGGGUGCGCGGCGACCGUUUCGCUCUCCGCUUCACCCCCGCUCCCCCUCCCUCACUCCCAACCUUCCCCACCUCCCUCUCCACAGCCACGCGCGCGAACGCUGCGGCGCCCCUGCGCAAACAGUACAUAGUGCACCUGGCGGCGGUGCCGCCGGUGCUCAACUACCGCGGCGGCGUGGCGAGGCUGGCGGCGACCGCGCCGGAGCUAGACGACAACGACCUCGAGAGCAGCCCCACUGACACGGACGACGACGAUGACAGCGAACCUGUUGACGGGAAGCGGGGCACAUGCGGGCGCUGGGCAGCGGGGCGCGCGCUGGCGCUGGGCAGUAGGGCGCGCGCGGGCACAGGGCAGCGAGGCGUGCGCGGGCGCCGGGUAGCAGGGCGCGUGCUGGCGCAGGGCAGCGGGGCACGCGCGGACGCAGGGCAGCAGGGCGCGCGCUGGCUCUGGGCAGUGGGGCACGCGCGGGCACUGGGCAGCGGGGUGCGUGCUGGCGCUGGGCAGCGGGGCACGCGCGGACGCAGGGCAGCGGGGCGCGCGCUGGUUCUGGGCAGCGGGGCACGCGCGGGCGCAGGGCAGCAGGGUGCGCGCAGGCGCUGGGCAGCGGGGCACGUGCGGACACAUGGCAGCGGGGCGCGCGCUGGCUCUGGGCAGCAAGGCGCGCGCGGGCGCUGGGCAGCAGGGCACGCGCGGGCGCUGGGCAGCGGGGCACGCGCUCGGAAGGGGCAGCAGGGCGCGCGUGGGCGCUAG